AUGUUUUUAGAAAGAAAAAUGAAAAUCUGUGUGGAAAUCAUUCUGUUUACUUUGUUUUUUCUAAGAGUUGUUCCAUUAAAUUUAGAGGAAAGCCAAAGAAGUGUUACUAAAGAUAAUCAUAGAGCGUCUUCUGUAAAUCAAGGUAGAUCAUCUGUAAAAAAAAUUGAUCCUGGCUACAUGAAAGAUGAAUGUGGUGUUUUUCCAUUUAAUCAAACAGUUACAAAAAACGGCUGUGAAGGAAAAUAUGUUGCAAACAACUUCUGUUUUGGUCAAUGUGGAUCUUUUAUUAUUCCAUACUAUAAUAUUACAAACAAAAAAAUAUCUCGCUUAACUCUAGAAAAUUGUAAGCAAUGUGUACCGGAAGAUUUUGAACUCACCAAAAUACCUAUAUAUUGCCCAGAACGAAAGAAAAAGCACCAGUUCGCUAAAGUUUUGCUAAUUAAAAAAUGUGUUUGUAAAAAAAACUCUUGCCUAAUGACGUAA